AUGACCAAUGCUCCGUUCUGGCUCGGAGGCAUUGCGGCGACAAUGGCGGCUUCUGUAACCCAUCCGCUUGACGUUGCCAAAGUACGCAUGCAAACGAUAGAAACCGCGCCAGGAGCGAAGAAACCGUCAAUUCUCCAUGUCCUGCGCGCCUCGAUUCAUGACUCUGGUAUUCGCAGCGUUUACACUGGCCUCACAGCAGCAUGGACCCGCCAAAUGAGCUACUCCUUGGUGCGGAUUGGGACCUACGAGGAGUUUAAAUCGCGUCUUUCACGCAACGGUCCACCCUCAGGUCUUGCACUCAUCGCUGCCGCUAGUCUUGCUGGAGGACUAGGCGGAAUUGUCGGCAACCCCGCUGGCGCGUCGUUUUCGUACAUCAUACUGGUCCGUAUGACCAGCGACUCAAUGCGACCGCCAGAGAAUAGAUAUCGAUAUUCGAACGCAAUAACGGGGUUGUUUUCGCUGGCCAAGGAGGAGGGCUUCCGGGGGCUCGGACGAGGUAUUGGGACCAACACGACGCGAGCCGUGCUUAUGAACGCUUCGCAAGUGGGAUCCUAUGACUUCUUCAAAUCCAAACUACUUCAACAUUCGGACCGCAUCCUUAACUAUCAGUUCAAGGAUAACCUAUUACUGCAUGUUGUGUCUAGCCUAUUGGCGGGAACUUUUGCUACAACUGUUUGCUCGCCAGCGGAUGUUAUGAGAACACGCAUCAUGUCUCAUCAAAAGAGUCUCUACUACACGUCCUUACCACCUCUAUUCGAGAAGAGGGUCCGGGAGUUCUACUCAAAGGGUGGACACCUGCAUUCAUCCGACUAGGGCCAAACACUGUGCUCCUCUUCGUAUUUUUCGAGGCAAGUUCCGUCUCUAGCAGUCUAUCGCAUAGUGACCCUUUCAUAGCAAUUAAAGAAAGGUUGGAAGGACCUUCACUCAUAA